CUUCACUAGACACUUUAUUUUACCUAUAUGGUGCAAUGUUUUGCAACUUCAGAAGAGAGACUGGAUUGGAAGUCCAUCCGCAAGCAUGGCAGAAAGUGAUGUGGAAUGUUUCUCUGAGUAUAUGGAACUUUGGAUCCAUAGGAUGAGAAUUGAGGAGUUGAGGCUUUGGCUUUCUGGAAUAUUAAGGAUUCAAGUGGCUCUGGUAUCACUUGAAAAUGUAAACCAUCGGCUCUCUUCAUGUGGGUUUAGUCUGCACAGAGAUCUGGAUAGGAACUAUAUCUUUAGGGUCAUGUACAGCGGUUGUUUUGUCCUGUUAGAGCAUGGUAACUAUGUCAUUGUACUAAACCUGCUGAAGAGAGUAAAUCGUUUUGGAGGCAGGACUCAAACGUUUACGAUGAAGUGUCCCGCUGUGCUAUCACCUCCCAAUAGAGUGUACAUAAAGUGUGACACAGAAUUCAUUCAGGUCACCAGAGAGAUUCCAAAGGAUAACUGGAAUAAUGAGCUGGACUGGUCUCUGGCUUUGAGAGGGAGUCUUGUGGUGGCUUUGGGGGACUCCAGUCUGAUUCAAGUUAAUGUUGAAAUGCAUAAACCAAAUAUAACAGUUCAAGGGAGGAGAGACACCAUUUUAACUCCUGUGCAGGUUUUCGAUUCUGAGGUCCAAUUCAUCCCACUCACACUGGUCAGUGGUCAGUAUGCCUACAGCAUGGAUGCAACCUGUCCAAAUGUAAAUCAGUCCUCAUCUAACAACACAGUGCUGCACAUCUAUAAACGGCACAUGGGCCUGACCAAGAGAGGUGGAUAUGAGACUGAGAGCCUCUCCGUCAGCAGUGUGACUGUGAAACAGACAGACACAUUCACCUGGUCAGAGACAACUGCUUUUGUGCAGCUUAUCAUUCCUACAUCUCAUAUUCAACAGACAAAGGAAUGCAUGUCUCAGGAGGGUGAAAAACUUCUGCAAUUUUUCUACAAGAUAGAUGCUGUUCUUACCUUUAAAGAGACAAAUCACAAAAUGCACUGGACCUUGGAAAACACCUCACCAUGCUCUGCUACUGCCCUGGUGACAAAAUCAAACCCACAAGGAGGUACUAACUUUCAAAGGGCCCAAAACAACACAUUCUUCAGCGGACAUCACAGACAAGCCGGACAUUUCUUCCAUUAAAGAUUCUAUUGCUUCCAUACAAACACACACUACAUCUAUAACACCACAGACUAUGUAACCUCUGUACCUAUGAAACAAAUUUGAAUACCUCAGACUCACUGUACAUCAUAUCUUAUUUCACCAUCAACAUAUAUGAGAAAGAGAAAUGUUUACAGUUACACCAAAAGCACAAUAGACAUGUCAGUUGUGAUCUUUAUCGGUUUUGCUUUAUUAGAAAAGUGCUCUUUACAUCUAAGACUGUCAUGGUUCUGCCCCACCUUGUCUUGCUUUUCUUGACCUAGUGGCAGAACCAUGAUAGAACCUCUUGUUUUAUGUGGAGAGAGUCAUUUUGACCCUGUCGGCCUUCGAUACUCUCUCCGGUCCUUGUCUGUGUCCCCGCCCUUUUGUAUCCCUCGUUUUGACUGUUCAUUAGUUCAUGCCCCACACCUGUUCCGCUUUGAUUUGUCCCUUUAUUUAAUGCCCCUGUGUUCUCUGUCUUGUGUCGGUUCAUUGUACUCUGUCGUGUUUCAUGUGGGUUAGUUCUUGUCCUGUUAAGUGUAGCCUAGUCUUUUGUUGUAUGUAAUAGAUGUUAUUUCUAGUUUAGUGUAGUAAGUCCUUGUUCUUGUUAUAUGUCAUGUUUACAGUUUAUUUUACCCCCACGUGGGUCUUUGUUUUGUAUGUUUUGUUAUUUAUUAAAAGUCUAGUUUACCCCUUACCCUGUCUGCACUUGGGUCCUCUGUCUGUGAUUCGUGACAUAAGACUACAUCAAAACUGAAAUGAAUGAUUUACAGCAUAAACAAACCGGUAUGCAGUUUCACUAUAGCUGACUCACUAUUCAUUUCAUUACCCUGAAAGACAGAAAAAUGCUUUAAUUUAAGAGCUGCUUGACAAACAAUUGCAGGUUAAUACUUGGCUCAGUGUUUUUCUCAAGCAUAUUGUAUAAUAGCA